CACACACACACACACACACACACACACACACACCUGACUAGACUAAAUUUGAUAUUUUUAAAUAACCGCGCAUGGUCUGUUCUCGCGAGACUUGCGAAACGGCGCCCCCUGUUUUCUACCCGAGAAGCGACGGGAGGUUUGAGAAACACUGCGCGGCUAACGAUAGCAACGUACCCAAAUAGGAAUAUUUCGCCACAAUUCCUCAACAACACAACGGCGUUUUUACCGUUACUGGAAGACGGAAUACAAUUCUGUCAAGACGCAGAUGUUGACUCUGCACCAUCCAAACGCAGAGAAGCCCGAACAGAGGCAGAGUGUAACCGAUAGAGAAAAAGUAACGAGCGGCCUGUUUUUGUUCCCGGCGUGCAGGGAGCUCUCGGGCGGCCACACUUGUCACUCGAGACCGAGGCUUUCAAGGGCUUCGUUUUUCCUGCGCUGGGGAAGUGGUCGAACUCGAUUCCGAUUUCCCCCCGAUACCCGCAUGCCCUCCUGGUCGGACAGAUCGCACCAUAUCUACCCAGGCGCCCCACAUUUUCGCCCUAAAGCCCAUCUGAAGCCGGAGAGGCCUGUUUUGUUUUCGAAGCCGAUCAAUAACACAGCCCGAGCCAGGCUGCAGGGCGCACGGCCUGCGCUCCUCCUCCGACGCCUCGGUCUGGAACAACGCGUGGUGUGCAAUGAGACCGGGGCCCACCCCAAACCCGACGAGCAUGCAUAGAGCAGAAUAUGGAAAUUUCAGUAAAACUGCACUCUUUGGACACGCACAUCGAGCGGAUUCUGUGUGAAUUUCGUGGCUUGUGCAAGGCUGUAGUGAGGCCACGGCUCUCCGCCGGAGUAAAGGACGUCACGCAGCGAUGUAUUGUUUCGUUCUAGCUCUAUAUAUACUGUCAUAAACUGAAACUGGACCUUGGAUGAAUACACUGGUAUGCAGCGCUGCAAGGGUGCACACCUCAUCUUUAAUGCACUUGUUUCAAAUUGGGAGGAGGAACCCGCACUCGGUGUUGUUGUAUCGCAUAAUCAGAUCAGCGUAACGAUGGAUUGGAUGUAACGGAGAUACACACAUACACAGACACACACACACCCACCCACCCCGGAUUGUUGUUGACCGUGCACGGACUAUGCAUGUGGCAUUCAUAUUCAGACCACUGAACUUGAUGGUGCAUGGAGAUUUCAUCCAUUCAUCUAUGCUCUCUCAGACGCUCACGCGCUCCCGUCGAUCUCUGGGCCACGCACACACACAAACAGACACACGCACCCCGGGAGCGACAGACCGCCUACUCCCGCCGCGGAUAGUUCGCCGAUCCAUCGGUUCGGUCUGUGCACCGUGGGCUGUUUCGUUUUAACGCGUCGUCUCCCGGACACCGGGCGAGGGAGCUGACAUGAACCCGGUGAACGCGACCGCUCUCUACGUGUCCGCGAGCCGGUCGGUGCUGCAGUGUGAUCCGCGAGACCCCCGGGCCCUCGCAGAGCUCUGCAAGCUGCUCCCCUUCUUCCGGCAGUCCCUUUCCUGCCUCGUGUGUGGCAACCUGCUGCAGGACCCCAUCGCGCCCACCGACUCGUCAUGCCAGCACUACGUGUGCCGCGGCUGCAAGGGCCGGCGCAUGCAGCUGAAGCCGUCGUGCAGCUGGUGCAAGGACUACUCCCGCUUCCGGGAGAACCGGCAGCUGUCCCUGCUGGUGCACUGCUACAGGAAGCUGUGCCUCUACAUCGCCCAGUCGCCGCUGGCGCCGCACAUCGCCACGGCCGCCGGAGACUCGCCCGACCUCCGGGCCAUCCUCGACGAGGGCCUCACCCUCGCCGAGGGCCAGCGCCCCGACGACGAGGAGGCCGUGGCAGCGGCGGCGGCGGCGGCGGAUGCCGGGGCGGCCGGCCAAUCGCAGGACGCCUCGGCUCCGGAGGCGGGACGAGCCGGAGUUGAGGAGCAGGCGGAGGAGGAGGAGGAGUCGGCAGCGGCGGCGGCGGGGGGGCUAUUUGUGGGCGCCCCCGAGGAGGAGGGGGGGGGGGAGGAGUCGAGCUCCGCGGGCGUGAACGUGAACGGGCUGCACCGGUGUAACGGCCUUGGGGGGGAGGAGGAGGAGGAGGUGGCGGUGGAGGAGGGGCUUCAGUGCGUCGCCAUGGAGACGGGCGGCGGCGGCGUGCUGAAGCAGGAGGCCUUCGGGGACGAGCUGCCCAUGUGCGUGAGUCUCACGGCGAGCGGCGAGGCGGGGCUGAGUGACAUCACGGCGUUCGGCGAGGACCUGAAGCACGGCGGCGGCGGAGGCGGCGGCGGCUCGCUGCUGCUGAGCGUGGAGGAGGUGCUCCGGACACUGGACACAGACCCCGCCCCCUGCCACGCCCCCGCCCCCUGCCACGCCCCCGUACCCCUCCCGGUGCCCUCCUCCACCCCUCCCGACCCCGCGCCCCCCCGGCCCGGCCGUUCCUCCCCGUCCGUACCCCGGCCCAGCUUCAACGGCCCCCACUGCCCCGCGGGGCCCGACUCCUCGCGCCUCACCCCCUCCCUCCCCCCGGAGGACGGCCCCCGGCACCAGGGGCCCCCCCUCCCCGCGGCCCCCCGCGCCCCGCCUCGCUGCCACCGCAAGCGCUCCCGCUCGGAGAGCGACAGCGAGAAGCUCCAGCCCCUCCCCAUCUCCAGCCUGCUGCGCAGCCCCCUGCUGGCCCCCAGUGGCCCCCCCCACCAGCCCGGCCCCGGGGCCCCCCCCACCACCGCCGCCGCCGCCUCCGCCGCACCCCCCACCGCCAAGCGAGAGCCCAAGUUCCCCCACGCCGCCCCCCACCAACCCCUGCCCCACCUGGCCCCAGUGCCCAACGGCGGGCCCCCCAAGGUGGGCAAGACUGUGCUGGUCUCCAGCAAGGGACUGAAAAAGACAGUGGAGCACCACGGGGGCCCCAAGAAGGCCUACAGCAAGGCCAGGCAGGGGGCCCCCAAGCCCCGCCCCCAGCCACGAGACCGCCUGCCGGGCCCCCACCCCCACACCCACCCCGUCGCCCACCCGCCCAGUCCCUCCAAGCCCCUGUACAAGAAGCCCGUGGAGAAGAAGGGCUGCAAGUGCGGCCGGGCGACGCAGAACCCGUCGGUGCUGACCUGCAGGGGGCAGCGCUGCCCCUGCUACUCCAACCGCAAGGCGUGUCUGGACUGUAUCUGCCGCGGCUGUCAGAACUCCUACAUGGCGAACGGCGAGAAGAAGCUCGAGGCCUUCGCCGUUCCGGAGAAGGCCCUGGAGCAGACGCGCCUCACGCUCGGCAUCAACCUCACCAGCAUCACCGCCGCCGCCCUGCGUAGCCCCGCCUCGAGCGCCCCCGGCAACACCCUCAUCAACGUCACCACGGCGACGGGCACCCCCGUCACCGCCGCCUUCCUGUCGGGGGCGGGCCACGACAACCGGGUCUUCGACGACUCGUUGGAGAUGCGCUUUGACUGUUAGGGCACCCCCCCCCCCCCCGUCACCUUGACAGCGCGGAGCGGCGGUGGCGCCCAAAUAAGGCAGCUACAGUGAGGACAGAGGAGGAACAGCGCCGCCCGUCGGCCGCUGGUGGUUUUACACGGUGAAACAGCGCCCCCCCCAGUGGCUGUGUCACACCAAAUUUGUACCGGGGGCCGAAUUUGUACCGCCUACCUAAUCCAUUCCAAACCUGCCUGGCAACAGAGAUCGCGUCGAACGACGAGCAACGACGACGACGAGACUAACGAAUACACUUUAAACACUCAGUUUACUAGCCAAAUUCGAUUAAACAAUUAAAUACAAUACAAAUAUAAACAAUGGUACACUUUAAACACUCAGUUUACUAGCUAAAUUCGAUUAAACAAUUAAAUACAAUACAAAUAUAAUGUAAAAACAAGUGGUAUCUAGCGAUCCGUUAUCUGUAUUAUGUUAUUUCGUCUUUGGCAACAUGAGCGCGUAUGUUUUUUGAAACCUGCCAGGCAACGGACAGAUUACGUGGGCGGUACAAAUUCGGCCCCCGGUACAAAUUUGGUGUGACAGCUGCCGUUGGUUUUACAUAGUGAAACAGCGCCCCCGGUGCCUGCGGAUGGUUUUACACGGUGAAACAGCGCCCUCCGGUGGCUGCGGGUGGUUUUACGCAGUGAGACAGCGCCCCACGUUUGCCGAGGGUGGUUUCGCAUGGUGGAUCAGGAAGCGAGGCGGAGAGAGAUCUGUAGCAUUACUGUAUGUUCACGAAUAUCAUUUCAGUGAGGAGGAGGUGGGGGGUGGGCCUCUACUUUUGGUAAUGUUUAGAGCAUGUCUCGUUUGUCAGGAAUGUUGGCCAGGUAGAGUCCAACCAUGCCCCCCCCAACCCCCCCCCCCCUGUGUGUGUGUGUGUGCACUUGGGUGUGUGUAUAAAUGUGUGUGUAUGUGUAUGAAUGUUGAGAUGGAGGCAUCAUCAUAACAGACUUGUGUAAUUUAUAUAAGAGGAAAAAACUUUUUUUUAUACGGACAACGGUUUCCAUUCAAGAGGACAUUUUAUGAUCUAUUUUAUAAGUUACAUUAAACUGAGGAAAGCCGUUGGAUGGGGUGGACUUGUUUCUCGGCAAGAUACGUUUCACUGAAGUCAAGAGAUUUGAAGUGUGAGUUCGGUGUUUAUUCAAGCUGGCUGGUCCAGUGUGGGAUCGUCAGGAACCACGAGAUGGUAAUUAAACGUGGCUGGAGAUUCCAAGCCACUUACUACAUUUGGUCAAUAAUGAUAGUGCAAAAAAAUAUGAACUUUAAAAUUCUGCAUUCGUCACAAAAAUGUUGACAAUUUGACACUGACUAUACAGACUAUAUUUAUCUAUUUAUCAGCCUCGACCAACUUAUAUUUUGAAGUGCUUUCCCAGUUUGAAUGAUGUAAUUCGGACAUAUGAAAUGAAUCAGUCCAGUCCAGCCACUACAUGUUUAACUGCAUGUAUACUGGGAAUGGUGGAACGAGCUGGUCUACGUGUGACACUACAAAAUCAAUUGAAGCCAAGCACUAAUAUAAUUUACCUUAUUCCCGCCCACUCUGGCCAGGUACAGCUCAAAUAAAUACUGUGGACGUAGUAUUCUAGUCUUUUGUCUUCCACGUGUCGAACACCCUUUGAGAGUUGUUGAGUGGUCUUGGUGGGGGGUCCACUCCACAUUUCGUUGUUGGUUCGGAUCCCUGGAAGCUUCGCACCUGCUGCUAAUCCACCAGAAGGACUCAAGGAGGACCAUAACUUCCCCUUGGUGUUUUUUUUUUGUAAUAAGUUAUGUUAACAAUAUCCGCAGUAUUUAUUGUGACGUCACCUCCAGCGUAGGUUGCGCAGCGGGCGGUCGAGCGCCCCCUGCGGGCUGUCAGACGUUCCUGCUCUGCACAGUCUGCGUCUCAAUGAUGUUGCUGUCUUGUUAGUGUUAGUUACUGAUGUCUUCGAAUGACUUGUUUCCCCACGGGGCAUUAAAAACAUGUAAUAUAACUGUAACAUAUUUCCACAAAAAAGAAAAUCGAAAAA